AUGGCUACCGCAUAUGGACCCGAGCCGUUCGCUCACCCCAGCGUAAACUCUUUGGUCGUUGAGGACUCAAUGGCGGCCAAUAGCUACUCACGGGCCGCACCUCCGCCAAACCCAACCUUUAGCUUCCCUGCCCGACUCGACGACGAGGACAUGCCAUCCCCAAGGACUCCGUCGACUCCCACAUUCCCUCGCAGGACCGGAAGGCGCCCAAUGUCAGCAGUAGAGCCAAUGACAGAAUCGUACCAACUUACUGCUGAGCCUCUUGACAACAAGUCCAUGGGACGUGCGGCCCUUCCUGCCUUCAGCUUCAACCCAGGAGCAUCACUUCCUCCUGAUCCAGAGGGCCUAUCUCCCGACUUUCUGCCUUCAUCCCCUCAGCUACCACGGACUAUUCCGCCUGGCCCUCGAGGUGGCCACCGAAGAGGAGGGAGCGAAUUCGUGGGUGGUCGGAUACGUGAGGGAAAUUCGAUUGCUGUUCUGAGUGGCAGCCCGACUAAGCAAGAACUAGUAUCGGGGUCUUCCAGUCUCAUGCCACCAAGGAGAGGACACCGUCGAGGACUUUCAAGCGCCAUGUCAACGAACGAUCUAUCUCUCCUCUCCCCGCCACACCACGAUUUCUCGUUCAAAGGAAGUAGUGCUCCAAACAGCCCUACCAAUUUUGAUCAUACGCCUACCCUACCGCUGAUCUUCCCCGAUACUUUCAAAUCCGAGCCCGAGGAGAUGCCCAAGGAAGAAGCCCCGAGUUUCGAUACGCCAAUGGCCGAACCUGUUGAAGAACCCAGUACACCCGAUCCAAAGCCUACAUCAAAGGCUCGUGUUGGAUUUUCUGAUACACUUGAAUUUAUCCCUCGACCAUUGUCCCUGAUUUCUACAGAUACAUCCAGCACCGUCACAGUUCGACCCAGUCACAAUGUUUCGGGAAGUAUAUCCUCUUUUGUGUCUGCGUCUUCGCCCGAUCAUCGUGGGACCAGCAGCCCAGUUCUGUCCCGCAGCCCCUCACGAAAUACCAACGACUCACGCCCCAGCACCGCUGGUGCGAUCCUGGAUCGGAUUCCUCAAGAAAACAGAUUGAGUUCGUCACCUCGUAGGCGUAAUUCGAUUCCUUCUCUGCUGGACAUUGCAGAAGCCAAUAAGAAUAUGUCGGCAGCUUCUCCUAGUCCAUCCAAGACGUCGAAACGGUGGUCAUUUUUCGGUCUGGAUUCGUUCUCAAAUCAUUCAUCCAGCCCUACUAAAGCACGCCCACAUAGUUCCAGUUCUGGUGACUCAGCAUCGCGAGCUGUCUCCGGCGGCUCGUCUUCAGAGCAUGAGUCGGAGUCCCAGGCCGAGGCUGCGGAGUCGAAGAAAAGAACACCGAAGACGGCUAGUGAGAAGAAGGAUAGGAGAAAGAGAAGGAAGAAGGUCAAGGGUUGGGCUGGAUCUAUCUUGCCACGAAAACCGAAGAACCAGGGUGAUAAGCAGUCGAAAUACGCCGUGCGACCUCCAACGCCCCCAUCCUCGGUCCUCCCACCCGAUAACGAGGAAGAGGAAGAUGCAAUCCCUAGUGUGGCAUCAAUUACCAUUUCACCAACCUCGCUCGUCAUCCCCCCAAGACCAUCAUUCGCAACCAAGUCGUCCAAAUCAGACGAAGUCUUAUCUCCCAUGAUUGAUUUGGACGCCGCUCUCGGCCCUUUCAACACUCCUCUACCCAACAAUCCCGAAUGGGACGCCGCUCAGCGAGCUGCUGGAAAUGCUGGAAAGCGAAGACUUCAUAGUGCACAGGGUAUGAGGGGUUUCAGCGGCCCAGGCAUGCACUAUCAUCGAAGGGCUGAGUCUGCCCCAGACCUUCCUCCCUUCGAUGCUGCUAGGGCUGGUAUCCAUCGCUUCGGCAGCUCAUCCACUAUGGCAGAUGUGUUCGAAGAGGAUGAGGAGGAUGACACAACCAGUAGUAUGCGUUCUCAGAGUAGAGACAGCAUGAUGUCUGAUGACUCAAGCGGGGAGAUCACACCUCCUGCAAUCGUACAAAGCGAUCCAGUCAAAGACGCGGUCAUUGGUGUUCGAAGGAAGAGCUCUGGGCUCAGCGAGAGGGAAUCAAUCAGUGCGGAUUCUAUCCGUGUUCGACGAUCAAAGGCAUCUCUUCACGAUACACCAAUUGCUGAGGAGCCAACCACGAUUCGGUUCAACUCCAACACAUUUCAAUCCGAAUCAAAAGGCUCUCCCCAUUUAUCAUCUAAGAGCCCCAUGUCUGGAAUCGGACCAUUCGAACUUGGCCCACCCCAGGCUCCUUAUGCUGGCGGGUCGACCGUUAGCCCCCACUCGGCCAACUUCCCACCGUCCGUACCCAGGUCUCCAGUUUCCGUCGACACACAGAGGCUGUCGACGGCUCCUUCAUCCGUCCAUGAAGAAAACAGUUUCCACUCUCUUCUUCUCGGCGAGCCCGGACCCGAGGUUCGCCUUUCAGUCGAUUAUGAUAUUCCAUCCUUAACCUCGAGCAACUCCACAACGACAAGGGAAAGCUGUUUUGUUCCUCAGCCGCGAAUGUCUCAACCCACUUUGAGACAGCCAAGGCCCCUUUCGGUAUCAUCUACAGCCUUUGGUCGUAGGCGAUCCAGCCUGGCUAGUCUCAGCAGGCUUAUCAGCAGUUCUCAUGGUGAAAGGAGCAAGCUGUCGGUGGAAGUAACACUGGACCCUGAAGCAGAAAGCAAGAAGGCUAAAGGCGGCAAAGCCAAACGUCUCAGCAAGCUGAUGCAGUUUUGGAAGACAAACAAGGAUACAACUACGUCCUCCAAACGCUCCUGA